AUGUUCAAGCUUAUUUCUUUAGUCGUCUUGGCACUUGCAGCUGCGCUGGUCGGCUCAGCAGAAGUAGGCUACUCGGUCACAACACCCUCGACCGUGACGAACUCGUCCCUAAGCUUUGGCUCCCACUAUGCUGUGUUGAAUCUGGACUUAAUCAACGCCAGCGUCGGUAGUGUCAAUGGCACAGCUCAGGGCCAAGCAUGGAUUAAAAACACUGCGAAGUGGAUUGAUGCGGUCCACAGUCAGUCGCCUCCUCCGAUCAGCAUAUUCAGCAGGGUGUACUUCAGUACUCACCUUCUUCCGGAGAUCUCGGCAAAUGCUCCUUUCAUGAGCACUGUCGCUGCAGUGGGCAACAUAACCGAGUCAUCGGUUUCCUCUCAAAUAUACCCUCGAUUCAAGUUAUUGCCUCGCUACGAUGUUGCUUUGCAAAAGACCAGAUUCUUUGCAGGCGCGGACAAUGCUCUCGUGCAGAUCCUUCGGAGUCAAAAGAUUGAUACUGUUAUCAUUUCUGGUAUUCGCACAUCUGGUGUCGUCCUCUCAACUGCAAUGCGCCUAUUUGACUUGGAUUUCAAAGUAUACGUAAUCGCCAAUAACACGAUUGAAACUGGGGAUGAUGCGACCGCUAUCAAUAACGUCAUUCUGCGAGGCAUCCUUCCGAAAAUGCCAUUGGACGUGAUUACCAUUGAACAGGCCAUCGACGCCCUAUCCAGGUCGGAAGCAACCUACUACUAG